AUUACCGACCUCUCCCUCUCUCUCAUAUAAUAAAACUGCUUUCGUUCCUCCCUCUACAAUUCACCCCUCAAUUCUCUCGCAACCAAAGCCACUCUCCCUUCCUUCUCUUCCUCUCUCUCUACAAAAACCUGAAUUUUCUCUCUCUAAAAUUAUACAUAUAAAUAUAUAUAGCGAUAUAUACAAAGUAUCGUUGAAAGAUGGCUCAGAGGACAGAGAAAGAGGAGACCGAGUUCAAGGUUGUACCUGAAACUAUAACCCUCUGCGUCAACAACUGUGGCGUCACCGGCAAUCCCGCCACCAAAAACAUGUGCCAGAAGUGCUUCAACGCCACCACCACCACCACCGUCAUCACCUCCUCCUCCUCCUCCGCCGUCGUUUCCGGUGGCGUGAUAGCCUCUCGAGGAGGUAAAAGUCCUAGAUCCAGCUCGUUGCGGUCGCCGGAGAGGUCGUCAGAUGCGGCAGAGACGAGUCCGGAUCUGACGGCACGGGAACGGAUGGAGACGGAUGAUGGUGCGAAGGAGGCCACGGUGGCGACAGCGGCGGCGAAGAGGGCCGUGAAUCGGUGCUCCGGAUGCAGGAGGAAGGUAGGGUUGACCGGAUUCCGGUGCCGGUGCGGCGACCUGUUCUGCUCGGAGCAUCGGUACUCCGACCGACACGACUGCAGCUACGAUUACAAGGCGGCCGGUCGCGAGGCGAUCGCGAGGGAGAAUCCAGUGGUGAAAGCUGCGAAGAUUGUUAGGGUUUGAAUCAAUCAACAACACAUGUAUGAAAUUGAAAGUUAAAUUAAAUUUCAAAUUCAAAUGAUUUGGAAAUGAAACAUGUGAGAGAGAUCGGACUAGAUCUCUUGUCGUAGGGCUUUCUAGAGAGAAAGAGAGAUUUGUUGAAGAAUUAUUUGAAGAUAUUAUGAUGAAACUCUCUCUUCUUGUUUGUUCCUGUUCGAUCAAUCUAUUUCAUGAUGUAUUUGAAUUUUAUUUUUGUUGUAA